AUGGGUGAAGUUGAUGCAACUUUCAUCCAAGCCAUUGAGCACCGGCCUAAGUUCAUCACCGGGUUGGAGGCCGAAGGGAUCCCACUGAUAGAUCUCUCCCUCUUAAACUCUUACUCUUUGGAGGGAUAUAGCAAAGACCAUUCACAGGCCAUAUCUGAUCUGGUGGAGGAGAUAGGAAGAAGUGCAUGCAAGGACUGGGGUUUCUUCCAGGUGAUCAACCAUGGCGUGCCGUCCGUUGUGCGUAAGAGGAUUGAGACGGUGGGGAAGAAGUUCUUCGAUUUGCCUAUAGAAGAGAAACGCAAGGUGAGGAGAGACGAGAUGAAUCCAUUGGGUUACUACGACAGUGAACACACCAAGAAUGUGAGAGACUGGAAGGAGGUCUUCGACUUCACUGUGGUUGAUCCUACCGUGAUCCCACUUACCCAUGAACCUGACGACCAGCGCCUGCGGCAGAUCACCAAUCAGUGGCCUGAUUAUCCUCCUGAUCUAAGGGACGCCUGUGAGGAAUAUUGUCGAGCAGUAGAAAGGCUUGGGUUUAAACUGCUGGAAGUCAUCGCACUGAGCUUAGGCUUGCCUGCAAAACGGUUUAAUGAGUUCUUCAAAGACCAAACCAGCUCCGUCCGUAUCAAUCACUACCCUCCUUGCCCUUCACCUGAACUUGCUCUCGGUGUUGGCCAGCACAAGGAUGUGGGAGCUCUGACCGUCCUUGCACAGGACGAUGUAGGUGGUCUGGAAGUGAAGCGGAAGACGGAUGGUGAGUGGGUAAUGGUGAAGCCCAUCCCUGAUUCUUAUAUCAUCAACGUGGGCGACAUUAUUCAGGUGUGGAGCAACGACAGGUAUGAGAGUGUGGAGCAUAGGGUAGUGGUGAAUUCGGAGAGGGAGAGGUUCUCCAUCCCAUUCGUCCUUAACCCUUCACAUUAUGUGAUGAUAAAGCCUUUGGAGGAACUAGUGGAUAAGGAGAAAGAAGCCCCCAAGUAUAAAGAAUACAACUUGGGAAAGUUCUUCAGUGCGAGGAGGCUUACAAUAAAGUGCUUGGUGGAAAUUUUGAGAUCAAUGGGAGAUUGGAUGAACAAACAGUUGCGCUUUACAGAUCCUCGUUCUCCUAUGAAAAUAGAAGCAGCUGAAAACAUUACCCAAACUGGAACUCUUCCUAUGGUUGUAAAUAUCUUUGAAACGUCCUUCACAGCAUCUUUCGCAGAAGAUCCUUCGUCGCAGGUGACACGGAGUAAAAGAUCCGAGCUAGAAAUCGGAGAUUCCCACGAAGCACCGCCUCAAAGAUCUCAAUUGUAG